UAUCUUGUUACUUAUUUUUCCUCACGUUAACUCUUUCCUCAUUUCGAUAUAUAGACCUCACAUUAUCAAGGCCCCUCGCUCUUGCUUUACACGAGCUUGUCCAAAUUAGUAAUUUAAAAAUGCCCAUGUGCACCAGGAAAAGCUCAGUUGCAGAGCCGUCAGCCACACAUUCGUCCUCUCUGCAAAUCCUCAGUAUUAAUCAACGACCAUUCCCCAUUUCCACUGUCAUCCAACAUUCUUCCUUGACAAGUUCCCGCCGCCAGUAUCCGCCGGAGUAUUAGAUUUUUCAAUUUGAGAAACGGCCGGAGGUGUUGGAGAUGGGCACAAACACUGAACUGCCGCCGCACGUCCUCAUCUUCCCUUUACCGAUGCAGGGUCACAUCAACUCCAUGCUGAAGCUGGCGGAGCUCUUCUGCCUCUCCAACCUCCAUGUCACCAUGCUCCUCUCCGAGUACACCCAUGGCCGCCUCCGCCGCCAUGCCAACAUCGAGUCCCGCUUCUCCCGCUACCCUGGUUUCCGCGUUGCCACCAUCCCCGACGGCCUCCCGGAAGACCAUCCCCGUGUCGGCGAGCGGACCAUGGAGAUUGUCAUGAGCCUUUUGAAAGUAGGUGGAGCUGAGUUCCGCAAACUGAUGGAGACCACUGAUGCCCUGAGCGAUGGCGGAGCUAGGCGGCGCGUCACCUGCCUCAUCAUGGAUGGGGUGUUGAGUUUUGCUGUUCCGGUGGCUGAAGAAAUGGGGAUUCCCUUCAUUUAUUUCAGGACCGUCGGAGCUUGCUCCUUCUGGGCUAAUUUCUGUUUCAAAGACGUCAUCGAAGCUGGAGAGGCCCCCCUGAAAGGUAAAGAUGAGGGCAAACACGAAUACUGGAAGAAAGAAGAAUUGGACUUAAUGGUAACAAGUGUGCCGGGAAUGGAGGGCUAUCUUCGGCGACGCGAUCUUCCAGCGUUUUGCCGAGUAAACGAUGUUAAUGACCCUGGAUUUCAGACCAUCAUAAGGGAGACUAGACGAACAGCUCUCUCCAGGGGACUCAUUCUCAAUUCAUUUGAAGAUCUGGAAGGCCCAAUUCUUGAUCAAAUCCGUAAACCAAUUCCCAAUUUGUAUUCAAUUGGUCCUCUACACACUCAUCUAAAGGCCCGAUUAGAGUCCCAAAAGAGUGAAGAAUCAUCGCUGCCUUCAAGCAGCUUCUAUGAGGAAGAUCGCAGCUCUAUGUCCUGGCUCGACUCCCAGCCGCCCAAAUCUGUGUUGUAUGUGAGCUUUGGAAGUGUCACGCUGUUAACAAGGGACGAGCUGUUGGAGUUUUGGUAUGGACUGGUGAACAGUGGGCACAAGUUCCUGUGGGUCAUGAGGCCGGAUUCCAUCGUAGGAGACAAUAAAGACAAUCCAAUUCCGGCGGAGUUGGAGGAAGCCACGAAAGAAAGAGGGUAUUUGGUGGGAUGGGUGCCGCAAAAUGAGGUCUUGGCCCAUCCGUCGGUGGGUGCAUUUUUCACGCACAGCGGAUGGAAUUCGACUCUCGAAGGUAUUGCAGCAGUAAUGCCGAUGAUCUGCUGGCCUUAUUUUGCCGAUCAGACAAUAAAUAGCCGGUUCGUUAGCGAGGUCUGGAAAGUGGGAUUGGACAUGAAGGAUAGUUGUGACAGGGUGAUUGUUGAGAAGACGGUUAGGGAUAUAAUGGAGGUGAGGAGGGAUGAGUUCUUGGAGAGGGCUCUGCAUAUGGCGGAAUUGGCAAAGAAGUCUAUCAGUGAAGGAGGAACUUCCUACACAAAUUUGAAUAGGUUGAUUGAGUUUAUAAGGUCUUCGGUUUAGUGGGUUUGACUGAGAAAUUUUAUCAUACAUUCGGUGCUCUAAAUUCUCUCUUUUCUCAGAAAAAAUAUCAUUUUUUUGGUGUCGUUAGUGUGACUGUGUUGCCUCAUUUGUGGUGCACAUAUCAACUUUUCUUAUAUUUAAUU